AUGGGAUGUACACCUUCACACAGCGACAUUGUGAACAACCUGACAAAAAGUGGUGUUCAGUUUUUGAAAAAGCCCACAGCUAUUUUGCCAGGAUGUCAUGGGCGCAGUGGAAGAGGUUCCAUCCCUUUGCUGGUUCAGUGUUCUACCUGCUAUGACCCUUGGGGGGGCCUGCCCCAGGGACAGAGGCCAGCAGAGGAGCAGCUGAGUUCCAGGAAGUCCCAAACCACAGCUGAAGGUCUUGGUCAGCCCAUGGGAGAUAUGGAAGGACUGAUCUCAGAAACCAGAACCUCUCCAACCUGGCUGAACAAACCACAAAGCCACACUCCGUUCCAGACAAAAGGUACCCAUGGGACACAAGGGGCAGCCUUUCCCAGGGAAGAGAGUAUGGAAAGUACUACACAGGAGACCUCCAGGUGGGAAAGGAAGCCGACAUGCUACUGCUCAAGCAAACAGGGCCAUUGCAGCCAAACUAUCCUCCCUACUCCUGAAUCAGAAGGCAAAGUGGACUUUCCUGAACCCCUGGUCAAGGCCCACCAGCAGGCUUACACCUACCUGCACGCCAGCCUCUCCAAGUAUGAAGCAAUCCUGCACCUGGUCCAGCAGGCCAGCCAGACCCAGGGGCUGCUGCAGCCCAUGCUCAGUUUCCUGCUGCUGUGCUUUGAGGAGGUGGGCCAGCUCCUUGGGGAGAUCUCCAAGGAUGGAGAAGUGCUCCUCCAGGAAGUUAGGGAGGAUCUGGCAUGGCCAUUGAAGAAAGGAGAGCCCCAGGAGCAGCCAGAUCUCUUGCAACAGCUGCUGCAGUACACGGUCAGCAAGCUACAGGUGCUCCACGGCAUGGUGGCUGCCCUCACCGGGAGCUUCCUGGAGAGUUCCAGCAGCUAUUUCCACUCCACGGCAAGCCACUUGGAAAAUCAGCUGAGCACAAAGAGGAGUGUGGAUGAACGCCUCCUAAGGGCUCUGAGGCAACUGGAGAGCCUGGCAAGUGGCCAUGGAGACCCUGGGCUGCAGGAUGUACCCUUGUGCUCCGAGGACAGUGGCAUUGGUGCCGACAAUGAGUCCGUGAAAUCUAUGGACAAGCUGGGUAAGCAGGCCAGCUGGAACUUUGUCCCGGAGGCUGUAGAGUUGAAGCCAGGGAUCUCACCCCAGAUGGAGGCCCGGCUAUCAGGACGUGCCUGGCAGCAAAGUGCAUUCUGGAUGGGUUCGGACCGACCCCAGGACUGUCCAAGGCCUCCCAUUGCAAAAGUGCAUCCAACCUCACAGGGCAAAGUAAGGAUCCCAGGCCCCCACAGCACUGGCCCAGAAACUCUGACCUCCAGGCCUUCAGAGGCAAGCAAGAGUGCUUGGUGUGACUCCCUGGGGGCUGGGAUCCCUGUGGAAGUACAGCUUCCUAAAAGCUCCAGGUCUGGGGAGGUUCCACCCCUUAGUGAAAGUGAGAACAGCAGCCCAGACGAGGAGGAAGAUGAAGUUAGCAACAUGAGUCCAAGUGCAGGGCAGGAAAACGUGUCACCUUCAAGGCCACGAUCUUCACCUGCAGACUGGGAAAGCCCGUUUCAGUCACACUCCAGGAAGCUUAGGAGCCCCCAGGCCCAGGAAAUGAUUCUGAAGAUGAAGGAAGCCAUCAGUGAAAGGAUCAAGUUUGUCCCUGCACCUUUGGCGCACCAGGACUGGUCUGAGGAGGAGGAGGGGAGGAUUGUGGUCCCACGGAGACCUAGCACGGUCAGUGGCAGCAGGAGGACCCCCGAGAGGCAGCAGAGGUCCCAGUCCGAGACGUGCCUUAAGAGCCAUGUGGAGGACCCCACCCUCCAGGAGCUGCGAAGGGUCCAAAAAGACCUCAGUCAGAGACUGGAGGCAUUUUAUGCCCAGGGCGCCAAAAGGCAGGGACAGAGAAAGGAGCAGAUUGUGCAGUCCAGAGGAGCAGCGAUAUGGCCCAACAGCAACUGCAGGGUGAGCCCCAGCAACACCAUCAGCAAACUCAAGGCAUCCCUUACCAAGAAUUUCAGCAUCUUGCCUAGUCAGGACAAGAGCAUUUUGCAGAAAUGCAGUCCCCACUCUGAGGGCGAACAGCCCUGGCAGAAGAGAGCCGAGCUGCUGCCAAAUGCCAUUCCACCUGGUGAGAAGGACGAGACUCCUAGGGCCAAGGACUGCUUCGUCAGGGGCUCUCCCACCAGAACAUCAGUCAAGAAACUCAUUGAAACUUUCAGUCCCACUGAGAGUGUGAAGACACUGGGGGACUCCAGGAACUCAGGGUCAAGCCCCUGCCUCAGGAAGUGGGGAGUCCCCAUCAUGCCUCCCAGACUUCCCAUUUAUAGGGGCCUUGCUCCUAUGUAUACUAAGCCCCAAAUUUCUCCGACAGGAAGCAGAGAAUGUCUCAAGGUGGACACAGGCUGGAGACCUGUAGCACCGAUAUUUCCCCCUCUGCCUACAGCAGAAGCAUCCAGGAAUGAGGAUAUCUACUGUGAAAUAGAGGGGGACCCAGAGCACCUCCCUCCACCACCUCUGGAAGUCCUGAUGGAUAAAUCAUUCACUUCUCUGGAGAAUCCAGAAAGCAGAAAGUCAACAGGCAGCUCCCCUGAAGAGUCCUCAGUACCAGGGCUGGGACGGGCUGGCCCUACCAGAAGAACGUGGGCUUCCCCAAAGCUGAGAGCUUCCAUGAGCCCCAUUGACUUGCUGCCCAGCAAGAGCACUGCCAGCCCCACCAGGCUGUGCAGCGCAGGGCCAGGAAGCAGCAAGAGUGGCAGCAAUCUCAGGAAGCCUGUCCAGGAUCCGAACCUCUCUUCUGCAGCCAGCCCCAACCCAGAGGCGGAGGGCAGGGCUCACAGUCAAGCCCAGGGAGAGAAGGCCACAAGCUUCUCCAAGCACCACCGGAAGGCAAUUCCCUGGCACCACACCAGCCCCACAUCUGGGCAAAGCAGGACUUCAGAACGGAGCCUGGCCAGACUCACACGUGGGCCGCACUCUCCUGAGGCCUCCAGGCAGAGCCGAGAGAGAAGCCCCCCAGUAGUCAGGAAGAGCUCUCCCACCAGGGCACACUGGGCACCCCAAGUAGACAGGAAGCAGCGGGGUCUACCAUCAUCUCCUGGACCUGCUCAGCCAAGCACUGUGCUCAGCUCCUCCAGUCCACCACUUAGCCCUGGAGCUCCCAGCCCAACAGCAAGCCUUGGGAUCCUAAGCCCACCAAACACAAAGAAGCGAACUUCCCCGCCACCCCAGCACAAGCUGCCCAGCCUACCCCUGGGGAGCCCACCUGCACAGCCCAAGGUCUCCAGUCCUGCCCAGCACACGGAAGCAAGCCCCCCUUCCUCUGUGCCCUCCCCAUCCCCCCCAGGGUCCCCCUCUCAGGGAUACAAAGAGACCAGAGACUCGGAAGGCAGUCAAGCCCCUACAGCCAAAGCAUCCCGGAACACAUGUUCCAUAUUCUGCCCUGCCUCCUCCUCUCUGUUUGAAGCUAAAUCACCAUCCUUGACAGCCCACCUGCAGACCUCCACAUCACUGCCACCAGAACCCGGGGGCGCUCUUGGGACCCCAGCAGGAUGCUGGAGAAGCAGUUUGGAGCCUCGACUGAAGGCAGAUUCACAGAGGAGAAUGGCUCUAUGUGCCCUCAACCCUCUGCCUUUCGUCAAAAGGACAGCUCCUGCCUGCCACCCUGGUGUCUGGAUUCAGCUGCCUGGCUCCAGCUCCACUAGCUCCUCUUGGGAACCCCAGCUUGACCAGAGCAGCAGCAGUGAGGACAGCCCCAAGCUGAAUGCAGCGACUUGGAGCAGCCCCUGUGCCCCAGAACCGCAGGGUGGCGGCAGCAGGUGUGCAUCACCCCCAGAGCUCUGUGUGCUGGGCCAUGGGCUGCAGCCAGAAGCCCGCACCAGCCACGUCCAGGACAAACCCCAGCCAGAGACCCAGUCCCAGCAGAAGGACGUGGCCUGA